CCCUUUUCCACGUGAAAAUGUCGUAUCCUCUGUCGGUUAAUAUUUCUGUGGAAGCGCCGAUUGAGAAUCAGAUCCAGGAAAUCCAGUACGAUGGAACAGAGAUUUAUCAACCGCCUCUCUCAUUGUCUGAGAAUUUGUCCAAAUGUGCUCAGAGGAUUGACUUUGCCAAGUCAAAUAAUGAACCAGAAGUCGUCGUGAAGAAGGAAGAGCCGGAUAAGAAGCAGGAAGAAGAUCCGAAGGACCCGCAAUUUCAAUCGAGUCUCUGGCCAUGGGAUUCAGUGAGAAAUAAGCUGAGGGAUGCAUUUACGGAAGUUUGUGUGCUCUCUGAUGUUCUGGCCAUUGCCAAGGAGAAGCGAUAUAUGGUACUGGAUCCCGUACCGCAGGAGCCCAUUGAGACGAAACCCAUUGUCCAAGUUUAUGCGAGAAAGAAAGCCCUGGCGAAUGCAGCAAAUAUCCUCCUGAGUGGAGCUGAGCGGCUGAAGAAUACUCACAGUGAGCAGAGGAAUAAUCGCAAUACGAGUGACUUCCACAUUGAGCUGCUGCGCCUCCGGCAGAAUUGGCGGCUGAAGAAGGUAUCUAAUUCAAUCAUUGGGGAUUUAAGCUAUCGUACAGCUGGCUCAAAAUUCAUGCACUCAGGCAUGUUUGAGGUAACAAAAGCCGAGGAAGAUCCCAAUGGAACAAAUUCCCCGCCCGGAAGUCCAGCUGGUGGGGCGGGAAAUGCUCUACCGAGUCCCAAGAAUUCCGCUCUGCGUGUAAAUGUUCCGUCAGAGUUGCAGGGCGUUGCGUACAUUAAGGUGAUCACGCAGAAGGAUCAGGAGGAUCUCUGCACGGCCACGGUGAAUCUCCUCGGGCAUGGGCCCAACAUCACACAACAAGCGGGAAUUUGGCAGAAAACUCUCGAAUUUGCACAGAAUGUCCUCUUCUGCAAGGAGUUGUUUAAUCAGCUGGCUAAGGAGGCAGUUCAGUUGCAGGCUUCCAUUCCGCACGUGGUGGUUGGGAAUCAAAUCCGUGCCACCCUCUUGCCGGGCAUUCAGCUCAUUAUCAGUCUCUGUCAUUCAACCUCCUUCGAUGCACCCAAUUCGGAGCCCAUCAACGAUCACGAUCACGUGCUGGAGCAUUCACUGCAUCAACUCCUGCGUGAAGUUCACUACCGCAACACACAUCAUCCCUUCCCACAUCCCGCCAGUGGACCCCUCGGUCCUAGCAAGAAGCGUAUGCUCGCCGGCCCCACAGCAGCCGAUCGGUAUGAAUUGUUGGAGAUGACAAAGAGUCAAACACUUCUUGAGCAGAUCAUCGCCCAGGCGCAGCAUAUUUUUAUGCGGAAGAGGACACAGUAUGUACUGGACACACUGGCCAGGGAUGUGAAGGAUCCACAAAUUAUCUCUCACUGGAAUGCAAUGAAUAGCCCCACCAUGUCAUGCGUUAAGAUCAAAAUUAUCACCCACGGGUACGAUACAGUUUAUCGAACAUCCCUCCUGAUUCACGUGAAGGAGCGUUCUCUGAAAUGCAUCUGCCGCGAUGGACGCGUAAUGCAUAUGUCGUAUGAACCGCAGGAGCUGCGUGAUUUGAUCCUCUGUCAGAUAAAUCGUCACCAAAUGUCCGGAUUGUUGAACGUAGCACGCUGCAUGGCCUGGCAGACACUCUCCAAUAGUAAUCAUCUGGGCAUUGGUUCUGUGGAACCACUGGGCAAUGCCAGCUCAUGCCUCCUUGCGUCUCCCAAUGGGGAUCGAAUGAUUGCCGUACAGAUUCGCUGCGAUCCGCAAAUUGAUGUGAAGGUCUACAUUGCCCAGACCCCGCGGAAGGACUUCUUCCCCGGACCACUGGUCCAGGGGAAAUACUGGGAACAUCUUGGGGGUCACUUCAAGGAGGUACGCUUCGAUAAGCUAGAAGGGAAGAAUUUCCUCAAUAAGAUGGAAUUUCUCAUGGCCAGUAUGUCCAGUUCUUAAAUUAUUCUCAUGUACUCUUCUGAUUUUUUAUCCAUUCUAAACGUAAUAGAAAUUCGCAAUAAAUUGAAAA